CCAUCGGUUUCGAAGGGAUUGGGGCCGAGGGGCAGAAAUGCAUCCUGCACCCUUUUCUAUCCCUUCGUCUCGAAUAUUCUAGACCGUGCAUUUGGUAAAGGUCAAAUUUGAGCUCCUGUCGGCUGUUGCUGGCAGUUGGCCCUAGAAUGCCACCAAGAAUAACUAUCCAGAUGCUAAGCUUGUCUGAUCAUGGUCUCAUGUUCUCCUGUUACUAUUUUUUGCUGCCACAAGAGGGGCGGUUUUGUGCUGUCUCGAGGGCGAUGAACAUGUGGCAGUGCGUCCCCCUUUCUUCCUCGCCAGUCAGCGGGGAUGAUCGGACCCGACAGGUGACGAAAACGAAACGCUAUCGCCGUGGGGUUCUUCGUAUGACAGCAACAAAAGUGCUGGCCGCAAAAAGCAAUGCGCAGUUCGGUUUUGAAAAUAAGCAAUGGGAGAUCGGCUGUGCCGAUUCCCCUAGCUCCGAAUGGCCGUCUCAUGUCGUGUUACAGGAUGAAGUCAAAGCUGACACUUCUGUCCGUCAUGGAGGGUAUCGACGGGGAAAGCGCGAGAUAAUCUCACUUCCCAAGCCGACGGGGGCUAUCUCGCAUGACCUCAAAAUCUGCCUGGAGCGAGCUGAACGACCAGGAAAAGCAAACAUACCCAAGUUAAGCCCAUUGCCAAGCGCCAAAACCGGAUAUGUUACAUGUCGUCGGCCUAAUGAGGAAACUUGUAGUUUCAUUUGACAAUAUUCUUUCGGAUGAAAGAGCCGGAAGAUAUGAAAAUGCGAUUCAUCCGAUGGGUUCUUUUGCUAAUCGCAAUUUUGCCUACACCGCCAUUGAUCCCGCCGGAAGACCUGAGUAGGAAUAGUAUCGACCGCCGUGGCAGUUAAUUGCACAUCCCCAUCCUAGCCGAAAGACCUUAAAUCACAGGAUGAAAACUUUACCUAACUUGGAAUGACGACAGUUGCAGGAAUUGCGCUACUUGGCAUCUCAUUUUAACUGUACGCCGUACGAAUAUGGAGAGGUUCACUUCCAUCUCGGGUUUCAGUUACCUUUAUUAUCGAUUAAUUUGGGACGGCGAGAAGGAUAC